CCAACGUUGCCCGUGUGGGAACCUUCACAGGUCCUUUGGCAACCUUCCAGGAUCCCGCCUACUGCAAAACCGCCCAGAACCAGGUUACGACAUGCUUUUAUUCCGGCACUGAUUACCUGAUUCCGAUCAGCUGUCUGGCCUCCGGCCGAGCCACUCCCUUCACUCCAGCAGCCGGUGUUGCCGUUUAACUGGUUACACCGGGGAACUCGUGACGUUCUAACGUGAUGCAGUUGAGUUUGAAAUGGCUUCUGGACCCCCAUCUGCCACUCAGCCUGUCUCAACAAUGCCACGACCAUCCACAGCCGUCUACUUCCACUCAGCCUGCCUCAAGAAAUCCACAACCAUCCACCCAGCCAUCCCCACCCUCACAUCCACAGCCGUCUACUCCCACUCAGCCUGCCUCAACAAAGCUACCACCAUCCACUCAGCCAUCCCCACCCUCACAUCCAUCAACGUCUGCUUCCACUCAGCUAGGCCAUUCCACUCGAAGGGUUUCUGCUCCCCCUCCUCAGCCAUCAUCUUCUGAUUCUGAGACACCCAAAGAGCUGCCAUACAAAAGGAAAGGAAAAACAUCUCUAAAACCCAGGAAGCGUGGCCGAGGUGGGUCUUCCUCUUCCAGAACAACCGAGGAAGAACUCAGGUGGCACAACAGAGAGGAGAAAGACCGAAGACCAGAGCCAUUGAGGUUCAUACCAGCCAGGAUCCCAGGCCCAACCGUUGACAGCACUGCAGCAUGGUCUCCCCUCUCCAUUUUCAGGCUUUUCUUUAGCACUGCCGUGGUUAAUAUAAUCAUUGCGAACGCCCACGCCCUGAGGAGAUUACAGGCAGGAAAGAAAUAUCUUUGGAAAGUGCUGACUGCGAGGGAUUUUUACACUUUCCUGGCCAUUAUCAUUUUGACAGGCCUCGUCCACGUUCACCAACGAUCGGACUACUGGAGGAAGAAAUGGCCGUACUACUUCUCAUUCCCAUCUGAUAGGAUGUCCCGGCAACGCUUUGAAGCCAUCAUGUGGUCUUUGCACCUGAGCAACCCUGAAGAAGACGAGGAAAACGAUCGCAAAAGGAACACCGCAGAGUACGACAGACUUUUCAAAAUCAAGCCCCUGUACACUGACAUCAUUGCUGCCUGCAAAGCACAUUUCCAGCCCUAUCAGAAGAUUUCCAUAGAUGAAAGGAUGGUUGCUUCCAAGGCCCGCAUCAGCAUGAAGCAGUACAUGAAAGACAAGCCAACAAAGUGGGGAUACAAACUGUUUGUGCUGGCAGAUUCCUCAACGGCAUACACCUGGAAUUUUUUUGUGUACACAGGGAAGAGUGAGUUCACCGAAGGCAAGGGACUCUGCUACUCCUCCGUGAUGGACCUCCUGCCACUCCGUCUGCUCGGUGGGGGCUACACACUCUUUGUGGACAACUUUUACGCCAGCCCCACCCUCUUUGGGGAUUUGUCCACUAAAAACAUUGGCUGUUGUGGGACCAUUCGGAAAAAUCGAGUUGGUUUUCCACAAACUCAGUUGAACGCCCUUCCAAAGAAGGCUGAAAGGGGAGAAUUGCGGUGGAUAAGGAAAGGCAAACUCCUGUUUGUGAAGUGGAUGGACACCCGUGAAGUGUCCAUGUGUUCCACCGUGCACGAGGCCUUCAGCGGUCAGACGGUCCAGCGGAAAGUGAAACAGGCUGGCGUGUGGCAAACCAAGAACGUUCCCGUUCCUGACGCUGUGGUGGACUACAACCAAAGCAUCGGCAGCGUGGAUGUGUCCGACGCUUUGAUCGGGUACUACGGCGUUCUCCACAAAACCAUGAAAUGUUCCUCUUAUGAUAAGUAA